AUGGGAUCGGGCCCUCGCGACAACUUCCUGAGUAUGCCCAUCCACUUCUCUGACCAGCAGAAAAAGACCGAUUCCUUGGACCUGCUUUUCUUGACUGAAGACGAGAUUAGUGGGAACCUUUUCGUGCUGACCGUUGCGGGCUUCGAAACUGCCGCCCACACUAUGGGCUUUGCCAUGACUCUGUUGGCUGCGUACCCGGAAUGA